UCAAAUAGAAUCGCCCAGGUAAGAUGACACUAUUGUAUUUGUGCGAUGAAUAGAAGGUGUCCCCACUGGCUAUUACAGUAACGUCACAACCACAGAGACCUGUAGUUGUAGAGACCUUCCCACAGACUAGACUUCGAAUUGCUAAAUCCGUUGGAUCUUAAUUUAAAGUCGAGUACAGCCGGGGUGGUAUAGUCCCUGUAUUCCGUUUGGUUUCGGUCUACCUUCGCUCUUUUACAUUUAACCUCCCAGGCUCCGAAACAACCACAACAGUGAGACAACAUGGCGGUUGGUUUUGCGAUGAACUGCGUCAAGUCCCUGUUGAUUCUGUUCAACUUCAUGUUUUGGUUGCUGGGUGUCGGACUUGUCGCCGUCGGCGCCUCUAUCAUCGGGGACGGGAAGACGAUCCACGCCCUCCGCCUGACGGAGUUUGACCAGCAGCUGCUCACCUCCACCUGUAACGCCAUGAUCGCUGUCGGCGUCAUCGCCAUCCUCAUCGGCUUCAUCGGGUGCGCAGGCGCAGCAUGGGAGAACAAGUGCCUGCUGGGAACGUUCAUCGCCAUCAUGGGCGUCCUGUCACUGAUAGAGAUCAUCAUCGGUGGAGUCGCCUUGGCUAACAAACACAAGGCGGAAAACUACCUGAAAGAGAAAAUAGAUCACAUCAGCGACACCCAGUACCAGAACCUGACAGCGGAAGUGAAGAAGUUUGUGGACACCAUACAAGCUGAGUUCCGCUGCUGUGGUAUGAAGUCAGUGAGAGACUGGGCGCCUGACUACCCCGGUACGUGCAACUGUACACAGAAGACUGGUGAUGACGUACAAGAUGGUGUCUGCGACACUACAACCGGCAGAUGGAAGAAGCCUUGUGACACGAAGAUCAUGGACAACCUGCGCGGCGCCAUCAGUGUCAUGGCGGGCAUGCCGAUAGCCGUGGCGUUUAUUACAUGGAUUGGCAUGGCCAUGGCCUUCGUCCUCUUCCGCAGCAAAGAUGGCGGACCCCCGACCUUCAUCAUCAGAGGUCAUGAAUACAAGGCAUUUGCCUAAACAAGCAGAUGGCACAAUCUUCAAUAUCUACACUUGUACGACUUCAAGUAGCCUGGUAUCCAGUCUGAUUCGUGGUCGGGGCCGAAAGAGCUCUAUCCCGCCCGCCUCACAUAGGUUUCCCGGUGUGUAUUUCACGAGAUAUUGAUUAGCCCUCCACGUGUUGGGGGAAACCAAAUCCCCAAUUAUACUGUCUCUUAUUAGCGUAACACUCCUACCGGGACGGCCUGUUGCACUGGGCGGGGAAGCUAUUAGAGCCCCCGAAGGCACAACCUGCCUGAACACCCCAAUACCCCUAUCACGUAAGACUGGAUAUCAGGCUAAACUUCAAGUGACCGUCCACCUUAGUCCAGAUUUAGAGAUCCAAGCGAGCUGAAUUAUAAUAAUGCACAAUCCCACAUUGGCGUAGCUGUAUGUAUAUAUUAUAUCUAAGCUUAUAUGGAUAAGAAACACAUAUUAAAAGAUUAAAGUUAGAAAUUGAAAUUCUGCACAAUACAGUUAAUGUGCACCUAAUAUACCUGUACUUGUAAUUUAAACUAGUCCAUAACUACAUUUCAGCAUCAAUGUACAACUUGACGUCUAGGGGAAAUAUGUUGUACCUGUGUAGUGUGUAGUUUGAUUGAUUGAUAUUCGGUUUUAUACAAACUGCAUUCUGUUUUACGUUGAGUAAGAUACAACCUACUAUCGUUUGUAAUGACUAUAACCAGCAGAGCCAAAUGAUCUUGGCAAUAUGCAAGCUUGUUUAUACUUUCAUACUUUUAUUGCGAUGUUCAACAUUGAGUUUUGACAUAGUUCAAACAUAGAUGAACUUGUAAAUAUGCUUUUUGUGCACAGUUGAAAAUUACAUUUUGUUUAUAUUUUUGUAAACUCAUACCUCUUUUGGUUCUGUAGGCAAGAUGAAAAGUUUUUGAUAAAACAAUCCUUGAAUAAAACAUAACAGAAACAAUUUGUUUAUUCAGUCAAAUUUAUUCAGUAUUGAUAAACAUGUUGUAUAGUGCUAAAUACAUGUAGUAGUCUUAACUACCGGAUACGUGGUUGUUGGAAAAGAAUGUCGCAUGUUUCAAUAUAAAUGAAAACAAAGUUCCAAUUUUCUUUCA